AUGGUUGUCCCGUGGUUUCCACUCCCCCUCAUAUCCAUCGAUACAUCUGUUACGCCUGCCAACUGUUUGAGAAAAUCACGUAACCAGAUAUCCAACUUUGCAAGACAAGUCUUCAAAGCCACACCGAAGCUCCUUUGUAAACUUGUCAACAAAUCAAUGAGCAAUCACAAGUUCAUCACCUUUGAACAAGGAUGGGAGACUUUGCACAAGGCUAUCACCAAGUUCCACAGAUUCCUAGAAGGAUUGGAGCCUGACUUCACUCUUGAGGAAUACAUCAAACUAUAUACGACCGUCUACGAAUUGUGCAUCCAAGAGUACACCGUAUCUCGUGACUAUGCCCGAGAACUAUAUGACAAGUACAGGGAAACAUGUGAAGAGUACAUCAUAUCAAAAGUUUUGCCAUCUUUGCAAGAAAAGAAAGGUGACAUUUUGUUGAGAGAACUACUCAGAAGAUGGUCAAAUUACAAAGUUAUGACCAACCACCUCUCAUACAUUUUUGACUAUCUUGACCAAUAUAUUCGUAGACACGGGCUUGCUUCUCUUGAAGAAAUCAACUUUUCAUCCUUUAACCACGGGGUAUAUGAAAAGAUGAAUAAAGAAAUAAUGGAUGCUAUCUUUUCUAUGAUUGAACAGAAACUUGCAGGAGAGAAGAUUGAACAUACAUUUGUUGUUCAUACAUUGGAUUUCUACAUAGAGUUUUACAAAAGCACAAAAAAGGACAAGACAGAGCCUUGUGAGUCUGUAGGAAAAGAUUUAUCGAAGAAAAUCAACUUGAGAAGCUCUGAUGGGACUGUGUUUGAAAUUGACUAUGGUGUGGCACUUAUGUCAAAAAGAUUUGAGGACAUUACAGAGACCAUUUCUGUUGGUGAUGAGGUUGAUGACAUUUCUGUUCAUAAAGUGAGUAGCAAAAUAUUGACAAUGAUUGUUGAAUACUGCAAGAAGCACAGAAGCUGUUAUGAACAUAUGGAAGGGGAUGCUAAAUUUGUCGAAGUUGACCCUAAAACUCUGCUCGAUCUUACAACAUGUGCAUGCUACAUGAAAAUCGAGAGCCUGGAGAAGCUGACAUGGAACAAAGUAUGUGACUUAAUUAAAGGAAAGACACCAGAGGAAAUUGCUCAUAUUUUUGGAGAUGUAGAUGGAACAAAGUUAGUAGAAGAGAACAUACAAGGAAUAGAGUCUUUGGAGAUGUAG